GGCGCGUACUCGACUGCUAAAGGCUGAAAGUUACACUGACAGUCCCGCUUUAAUGGGUGACGCGCUAAAAAGACUUUUGGAAAAGCCAAAGGGAAACUUACCAUCGUCUUUUACUCCGGACGCUGUGCAGUUUUGUCGUUUGAGUAAGAGACUGAUUCCCUAACUCUGCGCGCAACUGCUCCUUAACAAGUAACGAAGGAAUCCCUCGCCUGUGCUCUGCUUAUUAUUACGGCUUUUUCUUGCGCAAAUGCAAUUUUGAGAAAUUAAAUUAGUGAAGUUGAAUCAGAGCAGACACACACGCCGAGCGGCAAUGCAGCCCGGCCGGUUGGAGACAGUCUGACUCGUAGGAAUCAGGCUUCGUAUUCAGAGCAUGGUCCGAUAAUUGGAAGACAGACAGACAGACAGACACAGAAAGUAGAAAAUAGACAGCUGAAAAGACAUUUGGCUCACGCUGAGGUGUGUUUGGGAGCGUGUGCCUCUCACGUCCAGGUGUCCCGCCGAGCGGUGCGGAGUCUCCAGCUCAGGCCGGCAGCGCUGACAUGCUGCCCAAAGUCGAGACUGAAUCCCUGGGACUCUCUCGAUCGUAUGGAGAACAGGGGCACAUGCCAAGGAACAUGCAAGCCCCCCAGUUAAAAAUGAUGGACUACUCUUAUGACGAAGACCUGGACGAGAUGUGCCCCGUGUGCGGAGACAAAGUUUCUGGGUAUCACUACGGACUCCUGACCUGCGAGAGCUGCAAGGGCUUCUUCAAGCGCACCGUCCAGAACAACAAGCGCUACACAUGUAUAGAGAACCAGAGCUGCCAGAUUGACAAGACCCAGAGGAAGCGCUGCCCGUACUGCCGCUUCCAAAAGUGCCUCACCGUCGGCAUGAAGCUAGAAGCUGUGCGGGCGGACCGUAUGCGCGGUGGUCGCAACAAGUUCGGCCCAAUGUACAAACGUGACCGGGCCCUGAAGCAGCAAAAGAAGGCACUGAUCCGAGCCAACGGCCUGAAGAUUGAGGCCAUGAGUCAGGUGAUGCAGGCCGUGCCCACUGACCUCACCAUCUCCUCAGCCAUCCAGAACAUCCACUCAGCAGCCUCCAAGGGCCUUCCACUGAGCCACCACGCCGGCCACCACACUGGCCACCACCACCACCAUCAUCAUCACGCCACUGCCCUGCCCCCCACAGACUACGACCGCAGCCCAUUUGUCACUUCGCCGGUCAGCAUGGCAAUGCCGCCGCACGCCGGCAGCCUACAGGGCUACCAGGCAGCCUACGGACACUUCCAGGGCACGCGCACCAUCAAGUCAGAGUACCCAGACCCGUACACCAGCUCGCCAGAGUCCAUCAUGGGCUACGCCUAUGUAGAUGCCUACCAGUCAGGCUCGCCGCCCAGCUUCCCCCACCUGAUCGUAGAGCUGUUAAAGUGUGAGCCGGACGAGCCACAGGUUCAGGCAAAGAUCCUGGCCUACCUGCAGCAGGAGCAGGCCAGCCGAGGCAAGCACGAGAAGCUCAACACCUUCGGUCUAAUGUGCAAGAUGGCCGACCAGACACUCUUCUCCAUCGUGGAGUGGGCACGCAGCAGCAUCUUCUUCCGUGAACUCAAGGUGGACGACCAGAUGAAGCUGCUCCAGAACUGCUGGAGUGAACUCCUCAUCCUCGACCACGUCUUCCGGCAGGUGGUGCACGCCAAGGAGGGCUCUAUCCUAUUGGUCACCGGACAGCAGGUGGACUAUGCAGUGAUUGCUUCGCAGGCAGGAGCCACCCUCAACAACCUGUUGAGCCACGCCCAGGAGCUAGUGGCCAAGUUGCGCUCCCUGCAGCUAGACCAGCGGGAGUUUGUCUGCCUCAAGUUCCUGGUCCUCUUCAGCCUGGACGUGAAGAAUCUGGAGAACUUCCACCUUGUAGAAAGCGUCCAGGAGCAGGUCAACGCAGCACUGCUGGACUACGUCAUGUGCAACUACCCGCAGCAAACAGACAAGUUUGGUCAGCUGCUCCUCCGGCUGCCUGAGAUCCGAGCCAUCAGCCUGCAGGCCGAAGAAUACCUUUACUACAAACACCUGAACGGCGACGUUCCCUGCAACAACCUGCUCAUUGAAAUGCUACACGCCAAGAGAGCUUAGAAGAGGACUGUGCUACCCAUAAUGCAGCUGUGCGGACAUCCUUACAUCCAAAUAAUGAACCUCCAUCUCAGACUUGGUUAUGUGAUGACCCGGAGGACGGAGAGCAGUGUGUGUUAGAAACUCUUGUUUAUAUUGAACUCACGCUGAUGUUCAAGUUACAACUUGAAGUACAGAUCUGGACAAACACACGUGCACCGCAGAGACUGAUAAUGUGCAGAAAAACAGCAUCCCUUUA